UCUAUGUUUAUGCCAUUUAGCAGGGAAGGAUUGUUAAUGACUAAUCUGUGUCCAUGAGGCACAGAGCCAAGGAAGAGAUGCUGCUGCUAGCCCGGAAGACCGCCUGUGAUCAUGCACAGCACGCUAGAACUCUCUCCUCCUCCUCACCUCACUGUCUCCCUGACUUAUCCUAAUGCAAAAUUGGAUUCUGAGCAUUUGUAGCAAAAUUUCUGGGAUCUGGAGAGGAAGACUGGAUUCAGAAUCCUCUCAGGGUCUUGAAAGUCCAUCUUUGACCCAAAACAAUCCAAGGAAGUAGAAGACAUCGCGGAAGGAAGGAAAGAAGAAAAGAAGACCUAGAGACGUAGCUUACAGUGAACACUGCUUCUCUUGGGUUCCUGGAUUUCUUCUGGAUAUUUCCUCAAGAUGAAACUUCAGAAACUUUGGAGUUUUUCUUGAAGACCACCAUAAAGAAAGUGCAUUUCAAUUGAAAAAUUUGGAUGGGAUCAAAAAUGAAUCUCAUUGAACACUCCCAUUUACCUGCCACAGAUGAAUUUUCUUUUUCUGAAAAUUUAUUUGGUGUUUUAACAGAACAAGUGUCGGGUCCUCUAGGACAGAACCUGGAAGUGGAGCCAUACUCACAAUACAGCAAUGUCCAGUUUCCCCAAGUUCAACCACAGAUUUCCUCAUCAUCCUAUUAUUCCAACCUGGGCUUCUACCCUCAGCAGCCUGAAGAGUGGUACUCUCCUGGAAUAUAUGAACUCAGGCGAAUGCCAGCUGAAACUCUCUACCAGGGAGAGACUGAGGUAGCAGAGAUGCCUGUAACAAAGAAGCCCCGCAUGGGCGCAUCAGCAGGGAGGAUCAAAGGGGAUGAGCUGUGUGUUGUUUGUGGAGACAGAGCCUCUGGAUACCACUAUAACGCACUGACCUGUGAGGGAUGCAAAGGUUUCUUCAGGAGAAGCAUUACCAAAAAUGCUGUGUACAAGUGUAAAAACGGGGGCAACUGUGUGAUGGAUAUGUACAUGCGAAGAAAGUGUCAAGAGUGUCGACUAAGGAAAUGCAAAGAGAUGGGAAUGUUGGCUGAAUGUAUGUAUACAGGCUUGUUAACUGAAAUUCAGUGUAAAUCUAAACGACUGAGAAAAAAUGUGAAGCAGCAUGCAGAUCAGACCACAAAUGAAGACAGUGAAGGUCGUGACUUACGACAAGUGACCUCAACAACAAAGUCAUGCAGGGAGAAAACUGAACUCACCCCAGAUCAACAGAAUCUUCUACAUUAUAUUAUGGAUUCAUAUAGCAAACAGAGGCUGCCUCAGGAAAUAACAAAUAAAAUUUUAAAAGAAGAAUUCAGUGCAGAAGAAAAUUUUCUCAUUUUAACGGAAAUGGCAACCAAUCAUGUACAAGUUCUUGUAGAAUUCACAAAAAAGCUGCCAGGAUUUCAAACUUUGGACCAUGAAGACCAGAUUGCUUUGCUGAAAGGCUCUGCAGUUGAAGCUAUGUUCCUUCGUUCAGCUGAGAUUUUCAACAAGAAACUUCCAUCUGGGCAUUCUGACCUAUUGGAAGAAAGAAUUCGAAAUAGUGGUAUCUCUGAUGAAUACAUAACACCUAUGUUUAGUUUUUAUAAAAGUAUUGGGGAACUGAAAAUGACUCAAGAGGAGUAUGCUCUGCUUACAGCAAUUGUUAUCCUCUCUCCAGAUAGACAAUACAUAAAGGAUAGAGAGGCAGUAGAAAAGCUUCAGGAACCACUUCUUGAUGUGCUACAAAAGUUGUGUAAAAUUCAUCAGCCUGAAAAUCCUCAACACUUUGCCUGUCUCCUGGGUCGCCUGACUGAAUUACGGACAUUCAACCAUCACCAUGCUGAAAUGCUGAUGUCAUGGAGAGUAAACGAUCACAAGUUUACCCCGCUUCUCUGUGAAAUCUGGGAUGUGCAGUGAUGGGCAUCACAGGGGAGGGGUCUAGCUCCUUUUUCUCUCUCAUAAUGUUAAUCUGAUGUAUAACUUUCCUUUAUUUCACUUGUACCCAGUUUCACUCAAGAAAUCUUGAUGAAUAUUUAUGUUGUAAUUACAUGUAUAACUUCCACAACUGUAAAUAACGGGCUAGAUAGAACAACUUUCUCUACAUUGUGUUUUAAAAGGCUCCAGGGAAUCCUGCAUUCUAAUUGGCAAGCCCUGUCUGCCUAAUUAAAUUGAUUGUUACUCCAAUUCUAUCUGUUGAACUAGGGAAAAUCUCAUUUUGCUCUUCAUCUUACCAUACUGCAUAUAUUUUAUUAAAGAGUUGUAUUCAAUUUUGGCAAUAAAGCAGACAUAAUGGCAA